AUGGCAGUGAGAUGGGAGAAACCGAAGAAUGACUGGCUUAAAUUGAAUGUGGACAGAAGUAGUAUUAAUAAUCCUGGAAUUUUGGGUGCUGGAAGAAUAGUCAGAAAUGAGCUUGGGAAGGUGGUUUUUACAUUUGCCGAAUCUAUUCGAAACGGUAGCAAUAAUCUUGCGGAAGUUAUAACCCUUCGAAGAGGGCUUCAACAUUGUAAAAGAUUGGGGCUUAAUAAUAUAAUUAUUGAAAUGGACUCUCUUUUGGUUGUUAACUGGGUUCAAAAAGGAAGUUAUAGUCUUCAGUACAUAAAGAAUUUUUGGGAAGACAUUAUUAAUAUGUUGGCAGGGAUAAAUUUUUCUGCUAAGCAUAUCUAUCGCGAAGGAAAUAAGGCUGUAGAUGUUUUGGCCCGGCUGCGUAGUAAUGGGAUCUCUCAUGAGUGGUCAGGGCAGAUAGAAGUUCCUCACCUAUUAAGAGGUAUACUUAGAAUAGAUUCGUGUGGACUAGCAUACAUAAGGAAGUGUUGA